CCGCGAUGAUGGACGUGAUGUAGCUGACGAAGCAGAUCCAGAAACAUGGCUCAUGAGUGAUGACGAAGGGUUGCAAGAAUGCUUGAUAAGCGUAGCUGCGUGUGACAUUGCGCAAGAUCGCAAGUCGCUCGCUGCGAUAUGAGCUAGGUAGUGACUUCCCUCUCUCGACAUCCCUCCCAUCGCGACCAGUUCAUCCUCCCAACAUCACCCAAUCCCACACCUGAUCCUAACAAUGUCACUCCCCACCACCGCACGCGUCUACCGCCGCAAUGAAGCCAGCAACGACAUUGAACAAAGCACCGAAGAGCUUCCCAAGUCACUCAAGCCGACAGAAGUCCUCGUCCAAAUCCACGCCGUGUCCCUCAACUUCCGCGAUGUCGCUAUGCUCAACAAUCGCUACCCUGCCCCCCACUCUCCCCACGGGAUCCCCUGUUCAGACGCCGGCGCCAGCGUGAUUGCCAUUGGAAGCUCCGUUACAGAUUUCGCAGUCGGCGACCACGUUUCUCCCACUUUCCGCUGGACAACUCCUGACGGCGUCAUGAGAGCUCUGGGAGGUGACUUUGAAGGCGUUUUGAGAGAUUACGCCGUCUAUGAAGCUGAUGCGCUUGUCAAGAACCCGGACUAUCUGUCUCAUGAGGAGGCGAGCUGUAUUCCUUGUGCAGGCGUCACGGCAUGGACUUCUCUGGCUCUGGAUGACUGGAAGAAAGCCGCCAACAUCAAAACAGCUUUGAUGGAAGGCACGGGCGGUGUUUCGCUCUUUGCUCUUCUCAUCUGUCUCGGUGCUGGCAUCACUCCAAUCAUCACCUCUUCCUCUGAUACCAAGUUGGCUGGCCUUCAGAAGCUCGCCGGCGACAAGAAGAUCCACACCAUUAACUACCGUAACAUCCCCAACUGGGCCGAAGAAGCGCUCAAGUUGACAGAUGGCAAAGGCCUAGAUGUCAUUGUCAACAACGUAGGCGCCAGCUCUAUCGAGCAGAACUUUGCUGCGUUGAAGAGAUUUGGCACAAUCAGUCUUGUCGGUUUCCUCGGUGGUACGCCUGAGAAGAUGCCUGAUAUCACAACGGCCAUCUUGCACAAAUCCGCACAUGUGCAAGGUAUAGCAGUAGGCACGAAGCAAGACCACCAAGACCUCUGCAAUUUCCUCGGCGAGAAAAAAGUGCACUUGGGCGCUACCAUCGACAAAGUCUUCUCCUUUGACGACUCUCCCGAUGCAUUCAAAUACCUGUACUCUGGCGCUCAUGUAGGAAAAGUAGUCAUCAAAAUCUAAAAGACAAAAAAAGACUGGAUAUAGGGUCAGAGACGGAAAAGAAGGGAAGGAUAGACAGGGCAAGAAAGUAUCUCCCAUCAAAAAGAAAGAUGUUCACAGCAAGUAUGAAACAAUGCGUCUCAUACAAGAAAAGUUUCUCGUCUAAACUCUUAUAUAACACCACCAAGUCCUCCUGCU